GAUCUUCGAAUGGGCAGCUAUCGUCACUCAGCCAUCUCUGCACUUAUCAAUGAGUGUUGGUUUAAGGGUUCUAGGUCACUUGGUGCACAGUACCACAUGUCAUUAGGGACUAAUAUACCCGCUGCCACCAUCGCCCUGGUAGUCACAAUGAUUCGGUUCUGUAUUGAGGAGUACAAAGAUGGCUUCUUCGAAGGGACGACAUUCACUGAGACCACAUGGCGAUCAACUUAUUAUUCUCAUAUGCAAAACCUUAAGGCGUUGGAGAAGGAGUCUGCUGAUUGCGGACUGUACUUUAUGCUUACAUCAAAACUUUUGAGUGAUGCACAAUGUGCUGCAGGCGUGUCCAGUGAGGUCCAGCACAACUGGGCAUCCGAUGACUAAGAAUGACUUAAGAUGAGUCAGAAUGAUCUUUUGAUGAGUCACAAUGGCCUUUUCUGACUCAUUAGGGGCUUUAUGAGUCAUGGUGAGUCUUGAUGACUCAAUGGCCUAGUGCUUCAAGAAUGAAAAGUCCAUUCUGUA